CCUCAACUCCUCUCUCUGCUCACUGGGGUUUCUCUGGGUCUUCCCUGCAGGAACAUCUCUCCGUGAGUCACAACAGCCUCACCACACUCCACGGCGAGCUCUCCGGCCUGCCCUGCCUCCGGGCGAUCGUGGCUCGUGCAAACAGCCUGAAGAACUCUGGAGUUCCUGAUGAUAUCUUCCAGCUGGAUGACCUCUCGGUGCUGGACCUGAGCUACAACCAGCUCACAGAGUGUCCCCGGGAACUGGAGAAUGCCAAGAACAUGCUGGUCCUCAACCUCGGCCACAACAGCAUCGAGUCCAUCCCCAACCAGCUCUUCAUCAACCUGACGGACCUGCUCUACCUCGACCUGAGCAACAACAAGCUGGAGAGCCUCCCACCACAGAUGAGACGCCUGGUCCACCUCCAGACUCUCAUCCUCAACAACAACCCCCUCCUGCACGCGCAGCUCCGGCAGCUCCCAGCAAUGACAGCCCUGCAGACCCUUCACCUCAGGAACACCCAGCGCACGCAGAGCAACCUGCCCACCAGCCUCGAGGGCCUGGUGAACCUGGCAGACGUCGACCUGUCCUGCAACGACCUCAGUCGUGUCCCCGAGUGCCUCUACACCCUGGGCAGCCUGCGGCGCCUCAACCUCAGCAGCAACCAGAUCACGGAGCUGUCCCUCUGCAUCGACCAGUGGACCCAGCUGGAGACCCUCAACCUGUCCCGCAACCAGCUCACCUCCUUGCCUUCAGCCAUCUGCAAGCUGACCAAGCUGAAGAAGAUGUACCUGAACUCCAACAAGCUUGACUUUGAUGGGAUCCCUUCAGGCAUCGGCAAGCUUGCCAACCUUGAGGAGUUCAUGGCAGCCAACAACAACCUGGAGCUCAUCCCCGAGAGCCUGUGCAGGUGCUCCAAGCUGAGGAAGCUGGUGCUGAACAAGAACCGUCUGGUGACGCUGCCAGAGGCCAUCCACUUCCUGACAGACGUGGAGAUCCUGGAUGUGCGUGAGAAUCCCAACCUGGUGAUGCCCCCGAAGCCGGUGGAUCGGACCUCGGAGUGGUACAACAUCGACUUCUCCCUGCAGAACCGGCUCCGCCGGGCCGGAGCCUCCCCGGCCACUGUGGCGGCGGCCGCAGCAGGUAGUGGCACCAAGGACCCGCUGGCCCGUAAGAUGCGGCUCCGGCGGCGCAAAGACUCUUCCCAGGACGACCAGGCCAAGCAGGUGCUGAAGGGGAUGUCAGACGUGGCCCAGGAGAAGAACAAGAAGAUAGAGGAGAGUGGGGAGGCGAAGGCGCCAGACCUGAAAACACGCCGCUGGGACCAGGGCCUGGAGAAGCCCCAGCUGGACUACUCGGAGUUCUUCAGCGAGGAUGUGGGGCAGCUGCCCGGCCUCUGCGUCUGGCAGAUCGAGAACUUUGUGCCCACGCUGGUGGACGAGGCUUUUCACGGCAAGUUCUACGAGGCCGACUGCUACAUCGUGCUCAAGACCUUCCUGGAUGAGAAUGGUUCCCUCAACUGGGAGAUCUACUACUGG